CAAGCAUCAUGUCUUCCUUCUGGAAGGGAGAGCCAAGUUGUGACUAUGAAACGAGGACGCCUCUGAGAUUCAAGGAAGCCUUCAUCAAGGCGUCCUUUAUCCUUGAGAUAAGGAGGGACUAUGAAUACGGGUGUAAGGCUUGCACUGGCUGACGCUGAACGGCAUUGAUAUCGCAAAGAUCCAACGAGUGGUGGGGAGACUAGGUAGCUUAUUACGGUUCUCAGCUCUUUGCUGCACGUGAAAAUGCAGCUUAACGUGCGCAUGCGCGUCAAGUAUUUAACGAUCACAGCGACAGGGACUAUUUAAUUUGUGGACAGAUUGUAAAUCACCACCACCACCAUCACCAUCACUACCGCAUUUGGUCUCCUCUCUAAUUUCAAUACGAUCAUAGCAAGUCUUGAAGAAUGGUUGAAACAGGAUUGCCGUCAUUUUUUCAUUUCGUAUGGUUAAACGAGGUUAAACCUUAAUGCUUACAUACCUGUACGGCACGGAUUGGAAGAAAAUCGAGUAUUUCAGAUGCGGACUGUAGAAGUGAGCUGGUAACUCAAAAUACCAAAAGCUUGCACGAAUAUUACAAGAAAACCAGCAAAAAUGUCCAAGCGGCCAGCUGACAGCGGAGAUUCGGGUUCUCAGCCUCCUAUAAAAAAAGUCCAAUUUGAACCGAUAUUAAUCGGACCAAUAUCCACCCUUGAAGAGAUGGACAUGAAGGUUCUUCAGUUUCAGAAUAAGAAACUAGCUCAGAGGUUGGAACAGAGACAUCGAAUGGAAGCUGAACUGCGCCAGAGGAUUGAACAGCUAGAAAAGAGGCAAACUCAAGAUGAUGCCGUACUGAAUGUAGUUAAUCGAUAUUGGAAUCAACUUAAUGAAGAUAUAAGAGUUCUUCUCCAAAGAUUUGAUGCAGAAACUGCUGACGAGUCUGAGAAUAAAAACGAAAGCGAAGCAACAACCUCAUUUCUAAUGCAGCUUUCGUCCUGGGACAAAGAAGAACUUGACGAUAAAUUGGCAAAUCGCGUUCAAGUUUCUAAGCGUGCUGUUUCCAAAGUUGUUCAGGCAUUUGAUCGGCUCUCUCAGCGCAAUGAAAAAAUCACAUUAGCUCUUAAAGGCGAGUUUGAGGGAGAGGAAGCCCCAAACAUCGAUGAUGUCGUUAAGAAAGCCAAUGCUGAAAUUCAAGCAGAAAACCGAAACUUACAAGCUAUCAAUAUACAGCUUCAUGAAAAAUAUCAUACCAUUUCCCUCAAGAUGUCCGAGCUGCAAGAUACUAUAACUGGAAAAGAUACGUUAGCUGCAGAAUUGAGAAAUCAAGUAGACGAUCUGCAAUACGAAUUGAAUAAAGUGCGUUCUAGAAACGACAAGCUGGAACAUCAUCUCGGAGAGGCUAUUGAAAAGUUAAAAGCCUUCCAGCAAAUUCAUGGUUCUGAUGAUAAGGGAUCUAACAAACCAAGUACUAUGGUUGCUUCUAGUGUUUCUCAGACCAAGGUCGAAGAUCUUCAAAGAGAAUUGGAAGAAACUCGUGAACUGGCGAAUAACAGGCUGCAGGAAUUGGACAAACUACACCAACAACAUCGAGAUUCACUGAAAGAAGUUGAGAAAUUAAAAAUGGACAUUCGUCAGCUACCUGAGUCUGUCAUUGUUGAAACAACCGAAUACAAAUGUCUUCAGUCUCAGUUCUCGGUUUUGUACAAUGAGUCUAUGCAGUUAAAGACACAGCUGGAUGAUGCUCGACAGCAGCUUCAAUCUAGCAAAAAUGCUCAUCUCCGACACAUUGAAAUGAUGGAGAGCGAAGAGCUGAUGGCUCAAAAGAAACUGCGCGGAGAGUGUAUUCAGUUGGAAGAUGUUCUGGCCCAGCUGCGCAAGGAAUACGAAAUGCUUCGCAUAGAAUUCGAACAAAACCUGGCAGCCAACGAGCAGACCGGACCUAUAAAUAGAGAAAUGCGACACCUUAUAACUUCUCUCCAGAAUCAUAAUCAACAAUUGAAAGGGGAAGUGCAUCGCUACAAGCGGAAAUACAAAGAAGCAUCUGCAGAAAUACCGAGACUAAAAAAAGAAGUGGAGGAGGUGACAACUAGAUUGGGUCAGCAAACUGCGUUAGAAAACAAGGAGGGCAGUAGCUCCGACUGCAGCGGAAAGGAAGAAGAUACAUCCGGCUCACUCCAAGGAUCCACUCAGGUGCGCAGUGUUAUCAAGGAAGAGAGUGGGAUGGCAAUCAAGAGAGAGACUGGAGCUGACGAAGACGUUGAGACUGUAGAUGUCGCAGAGGGAGAUGCUAGCAAAGGGACCCCGGAUUCUCUUACUCUAGCUUCGCCAACUCUGAAAAAGGAGAAGGACACUAAAAGAGAAAAGGAUGUGAAGAAAGAGACUGUGAAGACUGAGCACCGGGAGCCUGCGCAUCGUACCAAGGAAACUAAGAUCAUGGAGUCAGAAUUAGUCAGAGAUCUCAAGGCUCAACUCAAAAAAGCUGUAAAUGAAAUGAAAGAAAUGAAGCUUUUGUUGGAUAUGUACAAAGGGGUUGGCAAAGAACAACGAGACAAGGUACAACUGAUGGCUGCUGAGCGGAAAAUUCGGGGAGAAGUUGAAGAACUCCGCCAACAGAUAAAGAAGAUACAGUGCACGAAUAAUCAACAGGAAAGCAAACGUGAGGAACGUAAAAAACUAGCAGAUGAAGAUGCACAAAUCAAAAUAAAAAAAUUAGAAGAGCAGGCCUACACUUUGCAAAGACAAGUAGCCUCGCAGAAACAGAAUUGCGUCUGGCUGCAGGAGGAGGAGGCCCUUCUCAACGAAAUGGAGGUUACUGGCCAAGCGUUUGAGGACAUGCAAGAGCAAAAUUCAAGACUCAUACAGCAACUGAGGGAGAAAGACGACGCGAAUUUCAAAUUGAUGACGGAACGAAUAAAAAGCAAUCAGCUCCACAAGCUGGCCAGGGAGGAAAAGGACGUUCUUAAGGAACAGGUCAUCACUUUGACUACGCAAGUAGAGGCUGCUAACGUAGUUGUAAGGAAACUGGAGGAGAAAGAACGAUUGCUACAAAAUUCCUUGGCCACAGUAGAAAAAGAACUGGCUCUCAGGCAGCAGGCAAUGGAAAUGCAUAAAAGAAAAGCCAUUGAGAGUGCCCAGUCAGCAGCUGAUUUGAAACUUCAUCUUGAAAAAUAUCAUUCGCAAAUGAAGGAAGCACAACAAGUUGUCGCAGAAAAAACAAGUUCCUUAGAAGCCGAGGCUUAUAAAACAAAAAGAUUGCAGGAGGAAAUAGCACAAUUGAGAAGAAAAGUGGAACGUAUGAAAAAGAUCGAAUUGGCGGAAACGUUGGAUGAGGUUAUGGCUGAAGAAUUGCGCGAAUACAAAGAGACUUUGACUUGUCCAUCGUGUAAAGUAAAGCGUAAGGAUGCAGUCCUCACCAAAUGCUUCCAUGUUUUUUGUUGGGACUGUUUGCGUACUCGUUACGAAACACGUCAACGUAAAUGUCCAAAGUGCAAUUGUGCAUUUGGUGCCAAUGACUAUCACAGACUUUAUCUGUCAACAUAAGAAAAAAAAAAAAAAAAAACGACAGCAAAAUUAUCCAUGUAAAAUUUUUCACAUUCUAAUUGAUGAGACGCUUAAAAUGGCAUCUUAUUGAAGCAGAUCAUACUUUUUUUCCUCCAAUUUCUCUUACACGUAAUCAUAAUGUUAUUUAUUUCAACAGAUUCUCACCUAUUCAAAGCAUUUCCACCCAUAAUAUUGAUUGACAUCGUUACUUAUUACUUCUCUCUAUUGAUAUGAAGAACAAUUUUAUUUACUUGAUACGAAAUUUAUAUGCACAUACCUUAAGCCACGUCAUUGUCGUGUGAUAUUCAUUUAUAAAGAAAACAGAAACACAAAAAAAAAAAAAAAAAAAAUAAAUAAAAAUAAAAAACGAUAAACCAAUACCGGUACUUCCUUAAAGUGUCAGUAUGAAUUUA